AUGGAGACACCAUCCUCAGGCACAGUCACCCCAGUCGAUCUGGAAGGGGGAGAGGGUCAGAUAAGGAAAAGACUGACUGUCACCUUCCGUGGUUUGAACGUUCGGGUUACAGCACCGGAUGCAGCGUUGGGUGAUACUUUAUGGUCUAAGAUGGAUCCACGACAGAUUGGAGGAUUAUUCAAGCACGGUGGCAGCCCCAAAAGGACGAUCCUCAAGGAUGUCGCAGGCCAGGUCAAGCCAGGCGAAAUGCUUCUUGUGCUGGGACGACCGGGAUCCGGAUGUACCUCUCUUCUCCGAGUUCUCUCCAAUGAUCGCGAUAGUUUUGAUGAAGUCACCGGCGAGACUCGGUUUGCAAGUAUGAAUCAUCAGGAAGCCAAACAAUAUCGUCAGCAGAUCAUGUUCAACAAUGAAGAUGACCUGCACUUCCCAACUCUUACCGUCAACCGAACGAUGAAGUUUGCUCUCCGAAACAAAGUCCCUGCUGAGCGCCCGGGGAAUCUCAACAACCCCAAGGAGUAUGUCUUGAAUAAGCGUGAUGAUAUUCUUGACUCUUUAGGCAUCGGGCACACUAAGAAGAACAUGGUUGGAAAUGAGUUCAUUCGAGGAGUGUCGGGAGGAGAGCGAAAGCGUGUAUCCCUUGCCGAGGUCCUGGCUGGUCAGAGCCCCGUCCAGAUGUGGGACAACCCAACACGAGGAUUGGACUCCAAGUCUGCCCUUGCAUUCGCUAAAAUGCUCCGAUCCGAAGCCGACCGAAAUGACAAAACAAUUAUCACUACUACCUACCAAGCAGGAAACGGUAUCUACGAUCAGUUUGACAAGGUUCUUGUAUUGGCUGAAGGCCGUGUCACCUAUUACGGUCCAAGAUGGAUGGCAAGGGGAUACUUCGAAGAUCUUGGAUUCACCUGCCCCAAGGGUGCUAACAUCGCCGAUUUCCUGACCUCAGUCACUGUGCUUACCGAGCGUGUUGUGCGAGUCGGAUGGGAAGAAAAGGUGCCGAACACUCCGGAAGAAUUUGAAGCUUGCUAUCAGAAUAGCCCCGUCUUCAAAGAUCAGAUGGAUGCUAUUGUGGAGCCUGAAAAGCUCAAUUAUGAGACCGAAGACCUCACACUGGCUGUUUCAAGUGACAAGAGAACGCAGCAUCUACCCCGUCACAAAAGUGUCUAUACGACAAAACUUUGGGACCAAGUCGGUGCUUGUAUCUUGCGCCAAUUUCAAAUCAUGUGGGGAGAUAAAUUCUCUCUAUACGUGAAGGUCGCAUCCGCAAUCAUACAAGCAUUGGUGUGCGGAUCUUUGUUCUACAACUUACCAGAGACUAGUGCAUCGAUAUUUCUCCGUCCUGGUGUUUGUUUCUUUCCGGUUCUCUAUUUCCUGCUGGAGUCUAUGUCCGAGACCACUGGCUCCUUUAUGGGCCGACCCAUUCUCUCCCGCCAAAAGAGAUUCGGCUUCUAUCGCCCUACGGCCUUUUCCAUUGCCAACGCUAUCACGGAUGUUCCAGUCGUUAUAUUUCAAGUCAGCUCCUUCUCAAUCAUUCUUUACUUCAUGGCUGCAUUGCAGAUGGAUGCCGGCAAAUUCUUCACCUUCUGGAUCAUCAUCAUCGCCCAGACACUGAGCUUUGUCCAACUGUUCCGAUCUGUUGGGGCUGUUUGUGGGACAUUCGGAAACGCAUCGAAAAUCUCCGGGUUGCUUUCUACAGUUUUCUUUGUUUAUGGAGGAUAUCUGAUUCCGUUCGAGAAAAUGCAUGUGUGGUUCCGUUGGAUAUUCUACCUGAAUCCAGGCUCCUAUGCAUUUGAGGCGCUCAUGGCAAACGAGUUUGUCGGUCGCAAGUUCACGUGCGUCGAGCCUGAUUAUAUCCCAUACGGGCCCCAAUACCCAAGCUCGGCAUCCUCUCACCGAGGAUGCUCGGUUCUUGGAAGUGAUGAAAACGGUAUCAUUGACGGAGCAACAUACAUCAAAGAGCAGUACAGUUACUCUGCCGGUCACAUCUGGAGAAGCUUUGGCAUUCUGAUAGGGUUCUGGAUUUUCUUUAUUGGCCUGACUGCCCUUGGACUUGAACUGCGCAACACGCAGACUGGUUCUUCCGUUCUACUCUACAAACGCGGAAGUGAAACAAAAAGGAAAGGGGAGGAGAUCAAGAACAAGAUCGCUCCACCAAAGAAGGAUAUGACAGAGCUAUUGGGCUCAGUCAAGCAAUCUACUUUCACGUGGAAAGACCUUGACUACCACGUUCCUUUCCAUGGGGAGCAGAAGCAGUUGUUGAACAAGGUUUUUGGCUUUGUGCAGCCUGGAAAUUUGGUCGCACUGAUGGGAGCUUCUGGGGCUGGUAAAACCACACUGCUGGACGUGCUUGCUCAACGAAAGGAUAGCGGCGAGAUCAAUGGAUCUGUUUUGAUCGAUGGUCGCCCCGUUGGUAUCAGCUUCCAACGCACGACUGGCUAUUGCGAACAGAUGGACGUACAUCUCGAGACAGCUACGGUCAAGGAAGCCUUGGAAUUUUCGGCUAUUCUUCGACAGCCCUCUACCGUUUCAUAUGAGGAAAAGAUUGAAUACGUUGAGCACAUUAUCGAUCUUCUGGAGCUGCGAGCAAUAAGCGACGCGCUGAUUGGCGUCCCUGGUGCCGGCCUCAGCAUUGAACAGCGCAAACGUGUUACUCUUGGCGUUGAGCUAGUGGCUAAACCAACGUUGCUUUUCUUGGAUGAGCCCACUUCAGGUCUUGACGGACAGAGCGCUUUCAACAUUGUUCGUUUCCUUCGCAAAUUGGUUGACGGUGGCCAGGCUGUCUUGUGUACAAUCCAUCAACCUUCCGCUGUUCUCUUUGAUGCGUUCGAUGGUCUUUUGCUACUAGCUAAAGGAGGCCGGAUGUCCUACUUCGGAGAGACUGGAAAGGAGUCAAGCACUAUCCUGGACUAUUUCUCCCGGAAUGGGGCACCUUGUCCACCGGAUGUCAACCCAGCGGAGCACGUCAUUGACGUUGUUCAAGGAAGCGCGACCGACAAAACAGACUGGGUCGAAAUAUGGAACCAGUCGGAGGAGCAGAAGCAAGCACUUUGCCAGCUCGAUACACUUAACGAUUCCAAAAGAGCCGAGGUUGACUACGUCGAAGAUACCUCUGACUUUGCUACAUCACACUGGUUUCAAUUCAAGGCAGUCUCGAAGCGCCUUAGCAUUCAUAUUUGGCGGUCACCUGACUACAUGUGGAACAAGUUCUUCCUCCAUAUCUUCGCCGGCCUCUUCAGUGGAUUCACGUUCUGGAAGAUUGGAGACGGCACUUUCUCUCUUCAGCUGAGGCUUUUUGCCAUCUUCAAUUUCAUCUUUGUUGCGCCGGGUUGUAUCAACCAAAUGCAACCUUUCUUCUUGCACAGUCGUGACAUAUUUGAGACCAGAGAGAAAAAGUCAAAAACCUACCAUUGGCUGGCUUUCAUUGGAGCUCAAAUUAUGACGGAGAUUCCAUACCUCAUUAUCUGCGCCACGCUAUACUUUGCGUGCUGGUACUUCACGACAGGUCUUCCUGUGGAGGCCAGUGUUUCCGGUCAUGUCUAUUUGCAGAUGAUUUUCUACGAAAUGCUGUACACUUCUAUUGGUCAGGCCAUCGCGGCGUAUGCACCCAACGAGUAUUUUGCCGCUGUUAUGAAUCCUGUCCUCAUUGGUGCUGGUCUGGUCAGUUUCUGUGGCGUGGUUGUUCCAUACUCGUUGAUGCAACCAUUCUGGCGAUACUGGAUGUACUACCUGGAUCCUUUCAACUACCUCGUCGGUGGGCUCUUUGGUGAGGUUGUCUGGGAUGUCAAGGUUAAAUGCGAAGCCUCUGAGUUCGUCAAGUUCACUGCUCCCUCGGGUCAAACCUGUGGCCAGUAUAUGUCCGAUUUCUUGGCAUCCCAAGCUGGCUACUUGCUCGACGAAAGCUCAACUGGCACAUGCUCAUUUUGCCAAUACUCCCAAGGUGCUGAUUAUGCGAAGACAUUCAACCUCAAAGAGAAGUAUUACUCGUGGAGAGAUACUGGUAUCACUGCUCUGUUCUGUCUUUCUACAUAUGGUUUGGUCAUCUUGAUGAUGAAACUCAGAAGCAAGAAGACAAAGAGUGCACGCUCUGAAUAA